AUGGUCACCUACAAAUCCGAGGCGGAAGAACCAAAGAAAGCCACAGUGCAAGAGGCCGAAGAGUUCCAGCAGGAUUUUCUGGACUUCGACCUCAACAAGGAUCAGCAGAUCGAUGCGCAGGAAGUCCGUACACAGUUCAAGGGAGAGCUAGACUCCAAAGAACUUCACCAGUUCUUCAUCGACGUUGACCAGGAUCUUUCUGGAACGAUUUCACUGCAGGAGCGGCAGCGGUAUUCGUAG